GUGGCUGCUUGCGGUAGUAUAAGUGGAUUUUGUUCCUUAGCCACCUGGAUAAGCGACAGCCGGUUAAGGUCUUAUUUCGUGAGUCAGAUUGCAGAUCUCCAAUCAGCAUGAGGCCUAGCCAGGUUAUCAUACCAAUAACAGCAGCUGCUGCAUCAGCUGUUGUAGGCUUUACAUUCGGAAGGCGUGUGGGCGGCGUCAACCUAAAGGGACAACUCAAUGGAAACGACAAGCUACUGUCUCGCCAGGAGCGCUGCUUCGCCACUGCGCUCAUCCAGAUGGGGUACGGCCACCUGUUCCGUCACUGGCCGCCACCCGGUGUACGGGAUGGGGAGAAAAGGCGGCUGUUGGCGGCGGCGGCUCAGCGGCUGGAAGGCGUGACGGCCGCCGUGGAGGCAGAGCGCCUAGCCGCCCUAGCGCCUCCCACUGCCCCCCAGCGACCCAAGCUGCUCCAGACCCACGGUGACGACCGGGAGGACAAGUACUAUUGGCUGCGAGACGAUGCGCGUAAGGAUACUGCCGUACUGUCGUACCUCAAAGCCGAGAAUGAGUACACGAAAGGUGUCAUGGCAGACACGGAGAAGCUGCAGGAGGCGCUGUACAAGGAGAUGCGGGCUCGGAUUAAAGAGGACGACCGGCAGGUGCCGAGCAGGCACCACGGCUACUUUUAUUACACUCGACAGGAGACGGGUCAGCAGUACGGCAUUAACUGCCGAAGACGUGUGCCGGCUGCCAUGGUGUCGUGUGGGCCCUCGGAGACCGAUGACGUGGAUGAGAGCGAGCCGGAGCAGGUUCUACUGGAUCAGAAUCAGCGCAAGUCCCAACUUGGUGUGGAGUAUUACUCUGUGGGCGGCGCUGAUGUGUCCCCCGAUCAGCGGUUGUAUGCCUGGGCGGAGGAUACCGUGGGAGGGGAGAAAUACACACUGCGUGUCAAGGAGCUGUCCACAGGUGCAGAGCUAACCAAGCCCAUUCCCGGCAUGAGCGGCGACUUCGAGUGGGCCGCCGACAGUGCCACCCUCUUUUACGUCGUCAAGGACCAUCUUGAUAGGCCGUACAAGGUACGACAGUACGACGGCGGUGCUGAUGUGGUGGUGUACGAGGAGACGGACGAGGCCUUCUACGUGCACGUGUACAAGGGCCGCUCGGAGCGAGUCAUCUACAUCUCCUCAAUUCACCCAUCCUGCAAUUUCCAUGGGCAUCUUUUCUUUUGUCGCCUGUCCAGCCAACUGUUUGCCCUCAUCCCCGCCCGUCUACCUCUGCCGUACAAAACUGCCGUACAGGAUACGGAGUACAGCGUUACGGAUCGUGGUGAUUGGCUUUACAUGACGGUUCGUGACAAGUCCCGACCAAACAGCGAGCUGUUGGUGGCUCCGUUGCAUAACCCGGCAGCAGGAGAGGUCCUCAUCCCCCAUAGUCGGGAUGUGAAGCUGGAUGGGGUGUCAAUGGGGGAGCGCUACGUGGUGGUUUCGGAGCGGAGCGGUGGCCUGCAGCGCGCGCGUGUGUACGAGCUGCCGGAGAAGCUGGGGCGGCCCGUGGGUCAUUUGGUUGGCGGGGAGGAGAUCAAGUUUGAGGAGCCCGCAUACAGCUUGGGCGCUUACCUGACCGGCGAUUUCAACUCGCCAAUUGUACGGAUGUCGUACACAAGUCUUACGACGCCUUCCACCAUCAUUGACAUGCACGUUGGCACAGGCAAGCGCUGCGUGAAGAAGGUGGCACCGGUACUGGGCGGCUUCGACCAGUCGCGUUACGUGACGGAGAGGCUGUGGGCCACAGCCCCCGACGGUGUAAAGGUGCCCAUCAGUUUGGUGUAUCGCACAGGUCUGGUUAAGCUGGAUGGAAGUGAUCCCCUUUUGUUGAACGGGUAUGGAUCGUACGAGAUUUCCAAUGACCCGUACUUCUCUAGCUCCCGGCUUUCGUUGCUGGACCGGGGAUUCAUUUUCGCCAUCGCCCACAUCCGCGGUGGGGGAGAGAUGGGCCGCUAUUGGUACGAGGACGGCAAGCUGCAGAAGAAGACCAACACCUUCACGGACUUCAUUACAGCAGCGGAACAUCUGGUUUUGGAGCGGCGGCUGGUGGCCCCUUCCCGGCUGUGCAUCGAGGGUCGCUCCGCAGGCGGCAUGUUGAUGGGGGCGGUGCUGAACAUGCGACCUGACCUCUUCCAUGCAGCCAUAAUCGGUGUUGGUUUUGUGGACUGCCUAACCACCAUGCUGGAUGAGACUAUCCCCCUGACCAUUAUCGAGCGUGAGGAGUGGGGAGAUCCAGCGGCAGACCCUGCUGUGUAUGCCUACAUGAAGACGUACUCCCCGGUAGACAAUGUGAAGAAGCAGGCCUACCCGCACAUCCUGGCUGUGGCUGGGCUUCAUGACCCACGGGUAGGCUACUGGGAGCCUGCCAAGUUUGUGGCCAAGCUACGGGAGCACAAGACGGACUCCAAUUUGCUACUGCUCAAGACGGAGAUGGGUGCAGGGCACUUUAGCGUGACAGGGCGCUUCGAGAAGCUGAAGGAGGUUGCCUUCGAGUACGCCUUCCUGCUCAAGACGCUUGGCCUGCUGGAUGUACCACUGGCGGGAUCAUCAGAGCCAGGGGCAGUGGCGUCACCAGCUGGCGGUGAUAAGCUGGAGUAAUGUGGAGGGUGCCAAAGAGCAGGUGGUUAGGUGGUUAGGAGAUGUACAGUCAGCUAGCAGUCUAAAUAGAUAGCUUGGGUCCCGAAUAGGAAAGCACAAAAUAAAAGGAGGGCAUGAAUCCUGCCUGCUCUACAUUACACGAGUGAGGAGCAACAAUAUUGCAGUACUCUGGUUGCAAAAUCACUAGUGAUGCACGCAGGUCGGUAGGAGCGGUGCAGGUGGUACUGAUACUAAGAGUGGAAUGCAUGUGAGCGAGCGACUUGCCAAUGGACAAAAUAUAAUGAUUGUCAGGCGG